AUGUCGUCACCAUCACAAAGACGGAGGGGUCGCUCCGCCCAAAAAUCAACUGCAUCGCCCAGUUCAUCGUCCCGACAGGAGAUGCCCAGUAGCCCAAAUUUUCAGACCACCCCUCGUGCCACGAGACGUCAAGUGGCCGAAGCUGCAUCGUCCCCUAUCUUCUACCAAUCAUCUCCGAUCAAGGGGAAUAACAAUGCCGACACUCCUGAUGAACGUAUGGCCGAUGCCAGUUCAACGGUAGAUGAUGGGGAGAGAACCCCUCGAGGAAACACAGGCGUGAGAGACUCUUCGCCUAUCCAGUACAUCGCAAGUUCUAGCCCAAACCGAGGCCACGCUCGCUCGGAUAUUCGCUCUGAUGCACUGAGUGCCAGUAGUGGAUUAUUUGUGUCGCCAGGAGGCCAGGGACGUCGGGCCGCUUCUCGCCGCAAUGAUUUGCACUCUAGUGUCUUUGGAUCGACUCCUAAUCGCCGCAGCCGCAUGUUCGUCGAUGCCAAUGGAAUGCCCACUGGUGAUGCGCUGCCUCGUUCCGAUGCCACUUUUUCGAACAUCAACCCCGGCACCUCUGAGGCCGAGGCCAUGGCUGGUAACUCCACUCGUGUGAUCUGGGGAACCAACAUCUCGAUCCCAGAUUCAAUGUCGGCAUUCAAAAAUUUCUUGUAUAAUUUCGCCCCGAAAUAUCGCCUGUGGGCCGAUGGCGUUAAAGAUGAUGAAGUCAGACUUAUGGGAGAAUCGGCAGAGAAACAUGAGUGUAUCGCCAUGUGUAAAAACAUGUUACGGCUCGGUGUGGGCAUUUUCAACCUCGAUGCUGGAAAUCUAAAGGCGUACCCAUUGACUCGUAAGCUGUGGCACCAACUUCACGCAUAUCCCCAAGAAAUUGUCCCUCUCAUGGACCAAGCCUUGAAGGAAGUGAUGGUGGAGGUGGCUCUCAAAGAAAUGGAUAUUCUUCGGUCAGAGAGCCAGCGUGCUGCUCAGCCUCGUGAUCGACGUGGUCCUAUUCUCACCUCGGACGCUGCAAUUCCGACUUUCGAUGGACCAGAUUUAAUGGCCGAAGCAGAGGCCAUGACCUUCAAGGUGCUUCCCUUCGGUCUGGAUAAGACUGUGAACAUGCGUGAUCUCGACCCAGCCGACAUGGACACGUUGGUCUCCAUCAAGGGUCUGGUCAUUCGUGCUACCCCCAUCAUCCCUGAUAUGAAAGAGGGAUUUUUCCGGUGCAGCACUUGCAGCUAUGGAGUGCAAGUUGACAUUGACCGCGGCAGGAUUACCGAGCCAACUAUUUGCCCCCGAGACUCCUGCAAAGAGAAGAACUCGAUGCAACUCAUCCACAACCGUUGUGUCUUCACUGACAAGCAAGUCAUUAAGCUCCAAGAAACCCCUGACAACAUUCCGGAUGGUCAAACUCCCCACUCGGUGUCUCUUUGUGUCUAUGAUGAGCAGGUUGAUGUCUGCAAAGCCGGUGAUCGGGUGGAGGUAACUGGUAUCUUCCGGUCCAAUCCCAUGCGUGUUAGUGCGCGUCAGCGGUCUCAGAAGUCGCUCUUCAAGACAUAUAUCGAUGUCCUUCACGUGCAGAAAGUUGACCGUAAGAAGAUGGGCAUUGAUAUGUCCACUGUUGAGGAAGAAAUGUCCGAGCAGGCAGCCGAGGCAGAUCAGUCGCGCAAAGUCUCGGCCGAAGAGGAAGAAAAGAUCAAGCAGACUGCUUCUCGCGCCGAUAUCUACGACCUGCUGUCUCGCUCUUUGGCUCCUAGCAUUUACGAGAUGGACGACGUGAAGAAGGGUAUCUUACUCCAAAUGUUUGGAGGUACUAACAAGACCUUCCAAAAGGGCGGUAAUCCGCGUUACCGCGGUGACAUCAACGUUCUUCUGUGCGGCGAUCCCUCGACCUCCAAGUCCCAAUUACUACGAUAUGUGCACAAGAUCGCCCCACGCGGUGUUUAUACUAGUGGUAAAGGCUCCUCCGCCGUUGGUUUGACUGCAUACGUGACUCGUGAUCCGGAAACUCGCCAAAUGGUUCUGGAAUCUGGUGCUUUGGUUCUGUCCGAUGGAGGUGUCUGCUGUAUUGAUGAGUUCGACAAGAUGAACGAUUCCACACGGUCCGUCCUUCACGAAGUCAUGGAACAGCAAACUGUCUCUAUCGCCAAGGCGGGUAUCAUCACUACUCUGAAUGCCCGAACAUCCAUCUUGGCCUCUGCCAACCCCAUUGGCAGCAGGUACAACCCUAGGCUCGCUGUUCCUCAGAACAUUGACUUGCCACCAACUCUCCUCUCUCGUUUCGAUCUAGUGUACCUAGUCUUGGACCGUGUCGAUGAGACAGAAGAUCGUCGCCUGGCCAAGCACUUGGUCGGCAUGUAUCUGGAGGAUAAUCCCGAGAAUGCCAGCUCGCAGGAGAUUUUGCCGAUCGAAUUCCUCACGGCCUAUAUCACAUAUGCUAAAACCAAUUGUCACCCCGUGAUCACACCAGCUGCCGGUGCUGCACUCACCGAGGCCUACGUGGCUAUGCGCCAAUUAGGUGAUGACAUCCGCGCCCAAGAGCGCCGUAUCACCGCCACCACCCGACAACUGGAAUCAAUGAUUCGUCUUUCCGAAGCCCACGCCCGUAUGCGUCUGUCCCCCGAGGUCACCGCGGGCGAUGUCGAGGAGGCCGUCCGUCUCAUCCGGUCCGCCAUUAAGCAGGCUGCCACCGAUGCACGCACCGGUCUCAUCGACAUGGGUCUUUUAACCGAAGGCAGCAGCGCCACUGACCGUCGUCUGCGCGAGGACUUGAAGAAAGCGGUGCUGUCCCGCCUUGAUGAACGCGGUGGUGUGAGUGGUGGUGCGGUCCGCUGGUCUGACCUAUACCGCGACGUGAGCGAGCAGAGCGACAACAAAAUCGACCACCACCAGUUCGGUGAUGUGGUGCGCUCGCUAGAGACGGAGGGCUCUGUGAAUGUCUUUGGUGAAGGUGCUCGUCGCAGUAUCCGCCGGGCGGCCAUGAGCAUGUCCUAG